AUGUCUCCAAUCAAAGUAGCACUUGCUGGUGCCACUGGAAACUUAGGCGUGUCUGUCCUCGAAGCUCUUCUCGGCGCAAACUUGCAUGUAACCGUUCUCUCGCGCAUCCACGGGAACUCGUCCAAGUUGGCGCCCCAUCCGAGGCUCACAAUUACGGAAGUUGACUUCAGCUCCACCCAGUCCUUGGUUGCGGCACUACAAGGGGCCCAGGUCGUCAUCUCUUGCCUCGCCACCUUAGCAAUAGGAAGUCAGAACCCUUUGAUUGAAGCCUCGGUUGCAGCGGGAGUUACACGCUUCAUCCCCGCUGAAUUUGGCAUGGACUCUCGGAACCCCCUCUGUGUCGUACUACCUGUCUGUGAACCAAAAGUCAACACGCAGAAAUAUCUGCAAGAGAAAGCCAACUCCAAUCCGGAAUUCUCCUACACCGGUAUCGCCAACGGAUUGUUUCUAGAUUGGGGUCUCAAAGUCGGCUUUAUCUUGAACCUGGCCUUGCACUCUGCAACACUCUACAAUGGAGGCGAUGUCCCUUUUAGCACCACGAUGUUGGGUGAUGUCGCGAAAGCGAUCUUGGGGGUCAUCGACAACCUGGAACAGACCGCUAACCGCAUUCUUUAUAUCCACUCGGCUGUAACGACGCAGAACACUUUGAUUCAGUACGCCAAGGAUGAAGAUAGCAAAGAGUGGAAUACCUCUAUCAAGGACACUGAUGAGAUUAGGCAAGAAGCUUUAGCAGAGCUGGCUCAAGGCACACAGGGAAACAUUCAAGCUGCCAUGGAUGGGUUUUGUGUAUGUGCCUCCUGGAAUACGAAGUACGGUUGUGAUUUUUCAAGUCACCUGGACAAUGAUUUGCUGGGCGUGAAAAUGAUGGAGGAAGAUGAGCUGAGGGCGACCCAAUACUCGAGCUGCGAUGCAUGCCGGCAGUCACGUGUAGCCUGCGACGCGUUAAAAAACGGGCAUCAACCUGGUGGUGGUGGCGGUUCAUGCUCGAAAUGUGUUGCGAGGAAUGUGGAUUGUACGUUUAAGAAUCGUUCGCUGCUGACGAAAGGUGUUUUCAUAAUUAAGUGGAUCAAAAAAUCACCUUGUAUGAGAGGGAGAGGGAGUGAGGGAGGGGUACGGAAAGAUUUGGGUUCUGGUUUAGUACUGACGGCAGAAGGGGGAGUAGAGCGUGCUGUUUCGGUGGUGGGAGGUGAGCCUUCCAUUGGAGGAGCAGAGACGGACAAUACAUAUUGUAUAGAGCAUCCUCGUGCGCCAUCGCCUGAGAUCUUUGCAGUCGAGCCAGAUCCGAAAUCGACAGACACUCCCAGCUCAAAUGCCGAGUCCGUGGAUAACCUCCUGACUCACUGGUGUGAGCAAAUUUUCCAUCAUGGUUUCGGGUCUAUUUUUGGUCAUUGGGUUGGUAGGAAUGGUUGCCCCUUUGUAAAUGACCCCACCAGCGACAUUUUCAUCGCUCCGUUGAAGCUUUUCGGGGAGCUUGACGCGUGCAUGGAUAAGCAACUAGAUGGCAAUUUGGGCUAUACGUUAGUCGCAUUGGAGAAGAGAGCGGGGAUAAGGUAUCAGAUCGAACAGUCUUUACGCCGUGCGAUGCAAUCGUUCGCGGCGCAAUGGCUUCCAGCUAUGAUUCCAAAAACUGUAGGUGGGCCGAUUCAAUACGAAGAAGUCGUUACGCAGCGCUGGCGCAUCGCUAGGAGAGACAUGCUCAAGGUCAUUAAUCGCACAUCUUACCAGUCUGUGUUGGCAUUAUACCUUUUCGGCCAGACUCCUGUUCCUUUGGGAAUAUCCGAGGAAGAAGAGAUGGAUGGUAUUAGCGGGAUGGUAUGUACUCAGACUGCUCUGCUGCAACUUCAACAGCUGCGUGAGAGGCUGCGAGGUUGUCAAUUCAGUGGUUCGGGGGUGUCAGGUUGGUCAGACGCAGUGACGGGCUCUGUUGAAAGCCCCAAUCUCACACAGGCAUUUCUAGACCUUGAGAGUAGAGCUUAUUGGGUGGCAGUGAUUUGGGAUACGACGAGCUCUGUGACGUUGAAUAUCAGAUCAUCUCUCACAUCUGGAUUGAAGGGAGCAUGCCUGGAGCCGGCAUGGCGUCUAGCGAGAGGUUUUCUGGUGGGUUCAUUCCAUGCUAAAUCAAAAGAUUGGCACAAGAAGGGUUUCGAGGUAUCCGAUGAAAUAGCUACUCAGAUCAUCUCUGCAGCCGCUGUCGGUAGGCUUUACACAUGGAGAACCAUCGCAAGCAUGAAGGAGGCACUCAGGGAAGGGGUCGAGGGAAGUGAUGUUCUUUUUGCUUGGGAUGCCUUCCUUGAUGCCCUUAACGUAUUCAAGACCACAAUAUAUCCUCUCCUGAGUAACUGCGAGAGACGGCUGCAUUUCCUAGGACCGGUGGAGAGGCUGAAUUGGUAUGAGGUUGUCUUGCACUACCAUCUGGGUAUUCUGAUUCUAGCCGAUGCACUCGAGGCCGCCAACCGCCUAGAUUUGCUCUCACAACUGACGGAGACGAGAUUAGACGCCGAGCAAGAAUCGUUCAACGUUCUCAGAUUCGGUCUGGAGAGCAGAUACAAAAUCUAUGCCCCGCUUGAAGUAUCGUCUAUUGCUUCAGAUGUCAAUUCGAAUCCUUACUCGACUGGACAGCCGAUCACCACAUCGUUCAUCGCCAUUGACCCAUAUCCGCACCAUGUAGUUGCCUCGGUGCGGCUGAUGAAAAAAGCCAUCAGCCGCAAAUAUCGACAAGGCAAUAUCAAACUCGAGGCUUACUCCCACCUCUCAUCCACCUUGCUUGAAGCUCUCGAGCAGCUCCCUCAAAGCUCCAAGAUGGCCCAAUGCGCCCGGGAGAAGUUGCAAGCGUCCUUUCAGCUCAAUGUGUGA